GGACGAUGUUGUACAAUUGCAGACAAACCAAACCAUAAUCAGUGAACGGAUCAUCCGUCAUCUAGACAAAAUAGGAUGCACGCUGCAGGAGUCGUGAGAUCAUGUUUAAUGUUUCUCCUGCCCUUUCUCAUCCUCGUGCAAAGCAUGUACCUAGAGCAUUCGCAGGGACCAGCAGUCAAAUAUCCUUCCUUACUUGAUGCCAGCCUUGAAACACUUUCUGAUGGCUUGCAGAAGAAGGUAUUCACCAGUGUCGACUUGGUCAAGGCAUAUAUCUUGAGGAUAGCAGAAGUCCAAGAUGAUUUUCAUGCUGUGCUUGAACUCAAUCCUGAUGCCGUGAGCAUUGCUUCCAGCCUCGACCUAGAAAGGGCUCGAGGACAUAUUCGUGGACCAUUGCACGGCAUUCCGGUCUUACUGAAAGAUCUGAUCGGGACCAGCGACAACAUGAACACUACAGCGGGAUCCUACGCUCUUCUUGGCGCAAAACUUCCUCGAGACUCAACCAUUGCAAGAAAACUUCGCGAGGCAGGUGUGAUCUUGCUAGGAAAGACUAGUGUCUCGGAGUGGGCUAAUUUCAGGGCAUUUAAUUCCAGUAAUGGAUGGUCUGCAAGAUCUGGUCAGGCAUAUGGGCCGUAUUAUCCUGGCCAAGAUCCAUGGGGAAGCUCGACUGGAAGUGCUAUUGGUGCUGCUCUUGGUCUAGCCUGGGCAAGCAUUGGCACGGAAACAGAUGGCUCUAUUGUGAGGCCAGCUUCUGCGAACAACGUUGUGGGAAUCAAGCCCACCUCCGGUCUUACUUCAAGAAACUUGGUGAUCCCUGUUAGCUCUCACUUGGACACCAUUGGGACUUUUGCAAGAACUGUUAAAGAUGCCGCCUAUCUUCUCCAAGCCAUUGCUGGCAAAGACGUGGAGGACAACUACACCUUAGCCAUCCCAAAUAUCCCCAAUUAUGUGAAGGCAUGUCAAAUCUCUGCACUCAGAGGCGUUCGUAUUGGUGUUCCCAGAAAUGCAAUAGUUCUGGGAUCAACCCCAACCUUCGAGCCCGCCCAGUCGGUAGCAUUCGAGAACGCACUGGAUAUUUUGCGUGACGCUGGCGCAACUAUCGUCGACAAUACAAACUUUACAGCUGCCGAAGAAUUCUGGACCUCGUCUAUUCCAGGGCAACUCGUAUCAGCAGACUUCAUUGUCGAAUUACCCAAGUACCUUAGCAAGUUGACGAGGAACCCAAACAAUAUUACAGACCUUUCAUCCCUGCGAGCUUUCGUGCAACAAUUUCCCCUGGAGGAAUAUCCCGACCGAGACACAGGGAUCUGGGACGUAACGCUACUAGGCUUCAACUCCACGUCUCCUGAAUUUUGGGCAACUUACCAGAAAAAUGUCUUUUAUGGAAGUGAAGGUGGAUUACUUGGUGCAUUAGAUCGACAUAACCUUGACGCAGUGGUCAUGCCAGCAGAUUACGCAGCUCAUCACUUCGCCGCACCGGUUGGAGCGCCAGUUGUGACUGUACCCAUGGGAGAGUAUCCUGCUGGAUCUACCGUUGUGAAGGAUUCAAGAGGUCUGGUAGAAAGAGCUGAAGGAAUUCCGUAAGUUGGUUUGAUGUUGGGGAGAAGAUCUUGAUUGUUGACUUUCGCUUAGCUUUGGUCUGAGCUUUCUAGGGAGACGAUGGUCAGAGAAGAGGUUAAUUGGGAUGGCUUACGCCUUUGAACAAAGGACCAACUUUAGGGCGAAGCUGAAGCCGUUUAAAGUUCCUAGUAAAGAAAUUGCGGACGUGAUCGGGAGUUACAGAAGAUUGCCGGCUUCGCUGGUUACGGGAUAGACUAUCUGAGGCGCUACCUUCCAUGUCCCCGUCCCACCUCAAAAGAAUGAUUUCAACCGGAAACCUCUCUCAGAAAUGUACAUAAGAUUAGAACACCUGUAUGAACUAUCUAUGCAU